AUGAGCGCUAUGGAAUUCCUCGCUGACGUUGAAGGCGGCGUGGUGCCGGUGGACUGCCACAAGAAAGUGCUGCAGAUAGCAUUCAUCUAUAUGGAUGAGGGGCUAUGGCUCGAGAACGGCGUCUUUGAGGUCGUCGAGAAGCUGCACGCACGUGGAUGGUCGUUCGGCGAGGGCAAGUUGAGGUUCAAUCGCACCCUGGAUAUAUUCUACCUCACCCAGCUUGCAGCGGCCAUUUACCGCUCCACCGACCAACUUGAGGGCGACUUCCCCUCUCCUGAUGAUUUCCAGUCCUUCUACACCACGCACCACGCACUCCUCCACUCCUCCGUAUGGCGUUCUUAUUACUCUACUACAUUCCUUACCCAGCGCACCACAGCGCGCUUCUACCGCCUGCCUGACCUCCAAGACCUACCUGACUCUGACUCACCAUUGGGACUGCCGCGCCAGCGACCCACUGCAUUCGCUACUAAACUACCCCGCUGGGCCUACAGUGUCGCGCGCACGCAUCGUAGGCAGCCCACCCUCCCGCUCGCGACUCUCACUGGGUUAGCUAUUAGCACGCUCGAGACGACUAUCACGCGCCUGCGUAUGGCUCACACUAGCGUGUUACCCUACUCGGAGACGCAAGCGCGCUUCUGGCUUGAUUACAUGGGGCUCGGUUCCCCUGGCCGAUCUGGCUCAUCCAAGGCAGUUUCCCGAGAAGCGUUGGAGCCGAACAUGUUCGGCAUACUGGUCGCGCAGGGGGCGUAUGAUAUGUACGCCUGGGAAGCAAAGUACUCGGCGCAGCUGUGGGAGGCGAGUGCGGCGAUGAGGGGGGUUGCUAAGCCGGAUAUGGAUGGCGUCUGGAAGAGUGAGGUCAUGUGGUGCGGGUUGCCAGAUGGUGGGGUGGGGCCGCAGGCAUGGUGUAGAGGAUGGGAGGCAGAGGUUGGUAGUGAGGAGGAGGUCGAGUUUUUGUCUGCUGUUGCAGUGGAGGAGACAGUGGGGGUGAAGGCAGACGUGGGCGAGUUGGACUUUAUAGUGCGCUCGCACAUGUUGCUUGGGGUGAUGCGGGCUGCAGUUGAGCGAGGACGUGAGAGAGAUGGUUUUCUGGAUGAACUAGCGAGAGGUAUGACGGGGAUAGGUAAGAUUGAGGAAGGGAGGAUAAGGAGAUGGCUGAGAGAAGUCUUGGGGGUCGUGGAGCCAUAUGUGAAGACAUGGGAGGGUGUGUGGCCUACUAUAGAGGUGGAGAGGAGGGAGGUGUUACGGCGGAUCUUGGUGGAGAAUGGGCAGCUCUUUGCAAGAUGGAAGCUUUCACCGGGUUUGAAGGAGUUCAGUUUUGCGUUAGGUCCGAUGGAGUAG